UGGCACAGUGGGACACUACUACCCAGCUUUCCAUUUUGGACCCCUCUGCUCGUCAUUGUUCUACGCUUCUACUCGUGUGCGUUUCAAAAAUUUCUACUUCCCUGCGCAGUUUUGUUACCUCGUGCUAUAAAACUCGUCGAUUUCUCAGUCAAACACGGGCUAAAAAUUAAUCAUUGUGCCGACCAAAAUGCCUAGCUUCCGCCAUUGCUCAUCCCUGCUCCUCCUCCUCUGCUACCUAUCGACAAGACUCGUUCAUGGAGAGGUUGCCAAUGGUGGCCACCAGGACCUUCCCUCGCUCCUCUCCUUCAAGGCCUACAACCCAAACGCCACCGCCCUGGAGACCUGGGUCGGCCCCAACCCGUGCUCCGGCACAUGGUUCGGGACCCGGUGCUACAGGGGCAGGGUGGUGGGGGUCUUCCUGGACAACGCCUCGCUGGUCGGCGCCGUGGCUCCUCUCCUUCGGCUCAGCCAGAUUAGGGUGCUCGCCGUCAGGAACAACUCCCUGUCCGGCCCUCUCCCUCACCUGGAUAACUCCACGAGCCCAUGGCUGAGGCACCUGCUGGUUUCCCACAACAUCCUCAGUGGAAGCCUCAGCGUUUCGCUGGGUUCUUUGCUCACUCUUAGUGCAGAGCAUAACGGCUUCCAUGGAGGCUUGGAGGCGCUGCGCGUUCCGAUGCUCAGGAGCUUCAACGUAUCAGGGAACAAGCUCGCUGGGGAGAUCUCCGGCGAUCUGUCCAGGUUCCCGAGCUCGUCGUUCAGCGGCAAUCUUGCUCUCUGUGGGCAGCCUCUUCCAAGAUGUGUUCAUGCUUCUAAUGCAUUAGGAUCAGAUAGUUCUUCAAAUGCUACCACUAGUAUUGCUGCUCAAUCUCCUAGUGCAGCAGCGAACACCGGUGGUAGUGUUUCUUCUAGCAAUGGAGGCUUCAGUAAGCUUAACCUGACAGCGCUCAUGGCCACCGGCAUUGGUAAUGCGGUGCUCAUCACUGUCUCGUUAGCUAUCUCUGUGGCCAUGUUCGUCUACAUGAGGAGAAAGCUCCGGUCUGCGAAGGAUGCUUCCGAUGCGGCGCUCUGCUUCGAGGAGGAAGACAAGAGGACGAACGGGGACGAGAAGUGCCAGAAGAGCGGUGCGCUGGUCUGCUUCGAGGGCGGCGAGGAGCUGCGGCUGGAGAGCCUCCUCAAGGCCUCGGCGGAGGUGCUCGGAAAGGGCGUGUCUGGGAGCACGUACAAGGCGGUCCUCGAGGACGGCAUCGUGGUGGCCGUGAAGCGCCUGAGCGCGCUACAGUUCCCCGCUUGCCGGAGCAAGGCCUUCGACCGCCACAUGCGGCUCGUCGGCCGGCUCCGGCACCGGCACGUCGUCAGCCUCAGAGGAUACUGCAACUCCAACGGGGAGCGGCUGCUCGUCUACGACUACCUCCCCAACGGGAGCCUCCAGUCCCUUCUGCAAGGCAAUGGUGGAGGCAUGAGAAGCUUGGAUUGGGCGACUAAGAAGGGCAUCCUGUUCGGCGCGGCGCAGGGGCUGAACUACAUCCACACGUUCCCGGCGCGGCCGGCGCUGGUGCACGCGAACGUGAAGCCGUCCAACAUCCUCCUGGACGAGCGCGGCGGCUCGUGCGUCUCCGAGUGCGGGCUCAUGCGCUACGCCACCAACAUCCAUCAGUCCAUUAUCCCGCAGGCCCGGUGCCCGCCCGACCUGUUCCUGGACCGGUCCGCGGCGACGACGUCGGCACCGUCGAGCGGGUGGCACGGGUACGCGGCGCCGGAGCUGGCGUCCGGCGCGGGCGCGAGGGCGACGCAGGAGUCGGACGUGUACAGCUUUGGGAUGGUGCUCCUGGAGGUGGUGACCGGUCACAAGGCCGCGGACGGCGAGGAGUGCGGCGAGGGGGGCGACGACACGAUGGGGAUGGUGAAGAUCGGGAUGCUGUGCACCGCCGAGGUGCCGGAGGAGAGGCCCAGGAUGGCGCAGGUGCUUGCAAUGAUGGGCGAGUUCAUGUGAAGCAGCUGCUGCUUAGCUCGUCAGUUACCAGUCGCUAGUUAGGACGUAACUGCAGUAGAGUCUAGCUAGGUAUGUUAUGUUGAAGAUGUCGAAAUGCCGUAGAAAAAAACUUUCUUGCAUGCGAGAGAAGGACGCAUCGAAUAUGCGUAUUAAAAUCGUGGCACAAAUUGCUUGAUCUUCUGGACAGCAAGCCCCAGGAUCGAGUGUUUUUUUUAGAUGGAGUCACGUGUUAGUUUGCUGCAACCAGAUAAUGAGUAUGUUUGGUAAAGCUCUAUGUAUUCUUAGUUCUAGAAAUUUAUAA